AAAACUGGCAUUAAUUGCUGUGAGAAACUGCUCUCAGAAACUGUCAGGAACUGUCAGAUAUCAGAAUAGAAGGAUAUCUUUAUAGCCAUCACAGCAGUUAAAUGUCAUCACAGAUAUAAACAUAAAUAUAAACAUACUCAGCUCUCACUGUGUCAUUAAUUUGAGUUUGAAUUUUUUCAUUGAGUGUUUCAAUAUAUAAAAUUCCACGUUUACCAUCGAGGCACGCUUUGUUAAGUGGAAACAUGCCGAGUAUAGAAUUUGGACAACGAAACAACGGCGGAAUUACGGCAUCUGAGGCACAAAUGUUUCCAGAGUUCGAAUUUUUAGAAGGAAGCAAUCAGUUUGUUUCUGAUGAUCUUUUUCAAUCAUGGAGUUCUGAAUUAGGAAUACCUAUUAUGCCAGAAGGAGAUAUGAUGUUGGAUUAUGAUAAAACUACAAAUGAAGGAGUGAAAAAUAUUUUUGACUUAUGGACCCCCUUUAAAGAAUAUACAUAUAUAUAUAUAUAUAUAUACAUAUAUAAAGUAUUAUCUUUUAGAAAUAAUUAUUUACCUGGAAUUUUUAUAGGAUUGGAGGAAAUAGACGAGAUAAGAAAUGAAAUUAAAUUUGAACCUGAAAGUCCAACUGUACAAUUUCCACUAUCGCCCAGUAGCCUUAACCAUUCAGAAUCUAAUGAUUCAGAUAGGCAAGUGAAAUGUUCGAUGCAAGAAGCGUCAAACUGUACAAUGCAAAAUAUAAAAGCAGAAUUUACUUUAGAGACACCAAUAAUUUCUUCUCCGCAAUGCACAUCUCCAUUAUCACAAUCACCUCAAUCACCUUUAAGUUCAUCAAGUGUAAUGCAACAAAUUAAAUUCAUACCUGUUAGUAAAGAAGACACAGAGCCUCCAAAAUAUGGUAUACUCGCAAAAGCGGAUUUUGCGAAGCAAGCUCAUAUCCAACCUAUAAAUAUUUCACAAAAUAUGAAAUAUGGCGAGCCUCAAAAUACUAUUUUUCUCCAAGACAUUGGAACAUUUGCACAGAACGCAAAUUUACAGCAAAUAUUGUAUCCUUCAAAACUUCGGAUAUUACCAACAAAUAAACAAAAUUCAUUGAAUAUUAACUCAACUGAUAAAACGGAAACUACUACAUUUCAGUUACCACAGAAUGUAAAAAUAAUCAAUACUAUACCAAACAUUUGUCCAACGAAUACUACGGAGUCAAUAGAUACUUCUACUAUUUUAAAUAAUGGAUCUGUGAAAAGUAACAAUAUUGUUGUUUCAAACAAAACUGUAAGUUAUACACCAUUUCAAGUAAUGCAGAAUAAAAUAAACUCCAAUUCGUUAAUUGUACAAAAUGAAGCGAUUGAUCUUGUGAAUUUGCCAAAAAACAAUCAAGAAUAUAAAUUAAAGGCAUUAAAAAGACAACAAAGAAUGAUAAAAAAUAGAGAAUCUGCUUGUCUCUCACGAAAGAAGAAAAAGGAAUAUGUAUCUUCUUUGGAGAAACAAGUAUCUGAGUUGAAGGAAGAGAAUAAACAAUUAAAAUCGGAAAAUACAAUUUUAAAACAGAGACUGUUAGAAAUGGAAAACAAUAUCACAAAUAAUAACAAGCAUAAAAAUUUCAAUUUUAAUCCCUUGAAAAAGAAAAUAAAGGGAAGCGCCGUUAUUCUUUUCGGUAUAAUUUUCAUGGUGUCUUUCAACGUUGACGGCUUUAGGGCAACACUUUCACAAAAUGUACAUUUUAAAACUGAAUCUGAUAGUUUAUCAGUAUCUAUAGCAAAGGAUAAACAUAGCAGAAGAUUGUUCUGGACGGUAGAUGAAACCGAUAACAAUAUAGAAGAUCGAAUUGAAGAAAGUUUUAAUAAAAGUAUACCAAUACACCAACCAAUAUGUCCAAUGUAUAUUAAUCAGAGUGAGUCCAUACGUUUAGACAACGAAUUAAGACGAUGGAUCGUUGGUGAAUCUGAUCAAGAUAAUCAGACUGCUCUAAGGAAAACGAAGUUACAGACAAAUUCGUUAAAUGUAUCGUUGUCGAGAUCACCAUUGGAAGAAAAAACUAGAAAGAAAUUGUACCUAUCACGAGAUAGGAAAAUAAAAACUAUGCAUAAAAUGAUCGACAUUCCUGCCGUUAAUCAGUAUUCAGAUAAUAAUGCAAUUGAGAUCUUUUCUCCAAUAUUGAGCGAACAUGCCUCUUUAUUUGAAGCUUUAGGAAGAAAAGAUGAUACAUUUUAUGUUGUCUGGUUUAGUGGCGAACACUUAUUAUUGCCAGCUUCCCGGAAGAAUAACACAGCUAGACCUAAAAUGUCUUUAGUUCUACCUGCUGUAUCUAUAAACGGUACAUUUUCAACGCCACCUAAUCAUAUAACAAUGAUGCAAAUUGAUUGCGAGGUAACUAAUACGCAACUGCUACAUUUACAACAAUCCAUUAUACCUGUCCAUUUACGAAACAAUAAACCUACGAGUCAAUCGAAUCAAUCUCAUUCUGUUGAGGAUAUAGACAAUCCAUCUGCAGAUAAUAUCACUAGAAAUUACAAACCGUACUUUUUGAAAGAAGCAAACAGAAAACAUCGGUAUAGAAAACACUUUAUGUAAUAAUUACAUAAAUAAAAAAAAAUUAGAAAUUUUAACAUUUUGUGUAAUAAGA